AUGGCUACGAGAGAGGGGCCGAGCGUGCAGCGCAAAAAGACGACAACGUAUGGCAAGACAUCACGAAAGCGACCCAUUCACGCGUUUCUCGACUUGUCUAACGGUUCACGACGUGCCUCCGAUACCACACAAAUCGCGAAAGCAUCUACAGCUUCCGCCGAUCACCUUUACGACUUGUACGACCCCCCCGAUGAUGAACCUGUCCACCGCCCAAUACCUCGACGCGAUGCGCCCCCUACCGAUACCAUCGCAUCCCAGCCUGACGGGUCGAGUAACUCGAAGAAGAGGAAAACGUCUGCCGCGCUUACUACCAAGACCGAACGCACGCGCAAGAUUGACAGCAAACCCUCAGCCAUCUCACCACCAGCGAGGGUGUCUUCGAAUAUCCGUCGUGCCAAACCGCCCUUCACCUCAAGCACUUUGAACUCUGUGCGCAUUGUCAAGGAGGAAUCUGUCGCGCAAGGGCUUGAGCAACUCACGACUAAGAAGGAGACCGAAGCACGUCCAGCUGCUCUACGCUCUCGCAUUGAGCCCGAAGUUUUGCGCAUGACCGAGACGAAUUUGCAAAUACGUCAAGCCCUUCCACAACCAUCCAUUCCACAACCGGCCGUUAUGCAAUCAAAAUCGAGCACAGUCGUCAGGGACUUAUCACUUUCGAAGCCGAAGAAACCACAUCAGACGAGGCGCGUUCGCUUGAUCGAUCAGCUAGUAGCACAGACAGAAGAGAGCUCUGAAUCCGACUCGGGUGACGACUCUGAAGUAUCUCUCGCUGGAUUGAGGGCGAAGGAAGCCUCACCUUCCACUCCGGUCAGGUCUGUAGAUAUGACACCGAAACCUUCGAUACGACCCAAAGCGUUAUCGAGUACCAGGAAGCUGAGGUCUACCUAUGGGCAACAAAGAACGUUGAAAGCAGAUGAGUCUGGAGGUGACAGCCUUGGAAGCCAAAUAGGCAUUGAUGGUAGUCAACGCGACUUGAGUCCGGCCCCGACCAUGUCAAAGCUGGCUUCAUUUGCAUUCGAGGAGGAGGAGGACGUUGAGGAAGAAAGCUCCUCGAAAGGCGGUGGCAUCAUUGAUAUUCAUGCGUUAAGACAGGCUGGUGCUAAUCACCGCUUCGCUGACAGCAUGGCUGACCUACUUGACAGAGUUGGCACACCGCAACCGCCGAAAUCACCGUCGGCACGCUCGAGGCGCAAUGCCUUGCUCGAGCUGGCAAGCAAGCUAAGGGACAAGACAUUUGUUCGUCAAUUCCGCGACCAAGGUGCCAAGGAUGCUUUGUUCCAGGCCAUUGGCCAAGAAGAGGAUUUUGUCAGUGGUUUCAUCCUCCUGUCCGUUCUUCUCGUUCUCUUCACGUCGUAUUCCGUUCCACACCUCGUUCCACAGCUACAGUCAGAAGGCAUUGCGCAACUAGCCUCAAGACUUUUCGAUCUCGACGAGGAUAUCACAAGCAUCGCUAGUCAACGCCAAUCCAAUCUAUCUAGGAAUGCGCAGUCAUCUCUACGUGCGCUGAAGUCGACAAUACAGCAACUGGACAUAUGGAAGGGAUCGCCACCUACAGUUCUGUCGCCACAAAUGGUCGCCCUAAAGGCUAUCUCGGUGCUGUGCAACGGCGACAGCCCAGCAAUUCGUGACAUUCUAGCUGGUCUUACAGACUAUCUGUUCGCUUUCGCAGAGAAGGGUUGGGAGCAAAGCCGAGCAGAGGGUAUUGAAGGGACGGUGGGCGGGCUUGCGCUCUCUCUCCUGGAAGGCCACUCAAUUGCGGCAAUGGAAUCAGACGCUGGCUCUCGAUGGACCGAGCUUUAUCUCCCCGUAGUCGCAGAUAUCUUAACCGCAGCCAUGGCGCGACCCAUGCAGGAAUUUGGCGGCUUUGAGACCACAGCGUUAAAGCUGGCCCUGAACACAACAAACAACAAUCCCGCCGCGGCGAGCGCGUUCAGUCGGGGGGAACUUUUUCGCGAGUUAGCUGAGGCCAGCGUUGUGGGGUUUGGACUUCUGCAGCACUCUGUUCGCCAAGGGGCAUUCUCCAAGGACGUCUAUGAGACACUUAUGCUGCUGCUGGGAGUUAUGAUCAACACCACCGAGCAUUGUCCCUCUACUCGACGGUCGGUGGACUCUUGGCAAGGACGGGACGAGUCACCCCUAGACAGGUUGAUUGAUGUUUACCUGGAGAACCGCGAAUCGGCGGACACUGCCGACUCGGUUGAGAAGACCUCAAUUGCCGUGGCCCACGGCUAUUUAGCUAUAUUGCUGGGCUACUUGUCACUCGGUAGCCAGGUUCGAGGACGACUUGAGGAAAAGAGCCACGGAAAAGGAACCAAGUACUUGCUCGAUUCAAUUGAAGAGUUCAUGUCUUUGCAUCAGAAGCUCGACACGGACGAACUGACAACAAGUCUGCAAAAUCUCGUCAAUGAGCUCCGGCAGAGAUACCGGCGAUCAGAAUGA